ACAGACUCGACUUCCAAAUAUCCUAUCAUGGCUGAUUUGUAAGCUUAAGCAUCCUUGAUUUAGCUAUUAAACAAAUCCACAUGUUUAUUAAUUGGAUUCUUUUCAAGGAAAAUUAUGUGUCCAAAGGAUAUCCAUCUACAGUUUCAGCAGAUUCCUAUAGUUAGUACAUCUUGGCUCAUAAGUUGAAAGAAAUGAAAAUUGAGCUUAAAAACUGUUUUAAAUGAUUCAAAAUUCUGAUACUUCUUUCCACAAUGCCCUGCUAGUGCAAAAAUGCCACAGCUGAAGUGGCUUUACCAGUGGUGGGCUGUCUUGGAUAUCAUUUGUGUUUUAAAAAAAAGACACUGAGUUUGAGUCUCCUUGGAAAAACAGAUGCAAAUUAGCCCCUGGAGCCCAGCAGCUGUUAUGAAAGCAGAGGACUGGUGGGCUCCUUCCCAUUGGCUGGGGGGAUUUACCCAGAUGUCUGGCUUCCACAUAAAAGAUAGGAACCACUGCAGUCAGUUUCCACUUCCAGUUAAAGGACGACAGCAAAAACAGCAAAAAAAGGAAGAUGGCCAGACUAUUAUUACUUUUCCUCCCAGGUCUUGUGGCCAUAUGUGCCGUGUGUGGAAUAUUUAUGGACAAACUUGCUUCCAAGAAGCUCUGUGCAGAUGAUGAGUGCGUGUAUACUAUUUCUCUGGCCAGAGCUCAAGAAGAUUACAAUGCCCCAGACUGUAGGUUCAUUAAUGUGAAAAAAGGACAGCAGAUUUACGUUUACUCGAAGCUGGUAAAAGAAAAUGGAGCUGGAGAAUUUUGGGCUGGCAGUGUUUAUGGAGAUGACCACGAGGAUGAGAUGGGAACCGUGGGCUAUUUCCCCAGCAGCUUGGUGGAGGAGCAACACGUGUACCAAGAAGCCACCAAGGAAGUCCCCACUACGGACAUUGACUUCUUCUGCCGGCUGGGCCUUCAGCGCCAGAGGUGGCAGAUGACAGAGGGGGUUCCACUCAGUUUUCUGCUGGCCUGGUCUUCCCACCACCUGGGCAGGGUGACGUUCAACUCAAGUGGGAGAACUGAAAGCAGAAAUUAUGUUUCAGCCUAGAGAAUCUUCUCUUCCACAGGGCUGCAUACAGAUGAUAGUACAGUUGUGUGACUUCUAAAUCGUUCUUGCCAGCUCUUUGGCUCUUUAUACAAACUUGGUAGGUCACAGGUCUUCCCUUUGGACAUGCUGUUUUGUAAUUAUUUGUCUCACUGGCCAUUUGGAGUGUUAUAAUGUACCCAAAGGGGCUAAAUCCUCAAGGAGUACUCUAGGAUUGUUGUUACUUUUAAUAUUUGAUGCCUUUGGGUUGUGAAACUAGUGGGAGUAGAGGAGCUCUUUGGACUCAUAGAUAUUUAGACUAUGCCUUUUGUUUUUAAAAAUAAAUCACAAAUUAUUUCAAUUGAAAUUUAUCUUCUAAUGACCAAUUUACCUCUCCCCAAAUUUUAAAUAUGUGUGUAUGUAAUAAGGAUGGAGCAGCUUAUGAAAUAUUUGUAAUGGAAUAGUUCCCCCUUCAUAUGUGCUGUUACUGCAAACAUUCGAGCUUCAAGUUCAAAGACUAGGUGUGGGGGGUAGCACAGAAAGUCUAUGGGUUGUUUCUCUACUUCUCUUUCAACUUUGAAUAUCCUCUUCCUGUGCAAAUUCCCCCAGUCAAGGAUAAUGUGUGAAGCAAUCUGGUAAGGGGAUUGGUGGUCCCAAUGGAUGUAUAAAUUUUUCUACAUUUAAUUGGAUAUUUGCUUUGACUGUGUAUUCCUCGUAUAAUUCUUUUUAUGUAGUCAUGAGUCUUUGUUUACAUGUAAUUAAAAUGCCUAUGCUCAAAACAAUUCCCAAUUUCUGACUUAAAAAAAAAUUGUUUUAAGAAA